GUGGAGCCUGCGGUGAAGGGCACGCUCGGCAUCCUCCGCGCCGCCAAGGACUGCGGCGUCGCCCCGCCCCCGUGUGGUCAUGGUGUCCUCGCAGACGGCCAUAGUGCCGAACCCCAGGUGGCCUGCGGACAAGGUCAUCGACGAGGAUUCCUGGGCCGACGUCGACGUGCUCAAGAAACUCCAGCUUUGGUACGGCGUGUCCAAAACACUGGCAGAGAAGGCUGCGUGGGACUUCGCCGAGAAGCAGGGGUUGCGGCUCGUGGUGCUGAAUCCAGUGCUGGUGUUGGGCCCGACAUUGACGCCAUCGAUUACCGGUAGUCUCCAAGUAUUUCUGCAGAUUAUGAAGGGCCAGAGGUUCGACAUGGACGAGUACUUUCUUGGCUGCGUUGAUGUCCGGAACGUGGCGCAAUCUCUCGUAGCGUUGUACGAGAACUCGUCGGCACAGGGACGCCACUUGUGCGUGGAGUCCAUUGAACAGAUGGUUGAUUUCACCAACAAACUUGCCGACCUUCACCCUGAUCUUCCGGUUCAAAGAAUCCAAGAGGACAAACAGGAGUGGGUGGUGAGGGCAAAGGACCCAUCCAAGAAACUGAUCGAAUUGGGUGUUCGUUUCAUUCCAUCCGACAAAAUCAUCAUGGACACUAUGGAAUUAUGGAUGGCUUUAGGAGCAAAGGACUCAUCUAGCUUUUCAUGUCGAUUUGCUCAGGGGAAAAUAGCUCAUCUAGGUCGAACUAGGUGUAUAGCCCGCGCAUUUGCGCGGCUAAUAUUGAAAAUUUAAAAAAUUGCAUGUCGUUAUAUCUUUACUUAAAAAUUAUACUAUUUUUUUACCAUACAUCACCCUGUUCAUUAUCGUAAAUUAUGUCUUAUUGUUGGUUAAAACAAUUCAA